AUGGCGAGGCCGCGCGCCCGGGCCCCAGGCCGCCGCCCGGGGACGAGCCGGCCGAGGCGGCGGCUCCGCGUGGACGGUACCCGCCCCCCGCACCGCACUGCUCUCGGGCCGCGCCUCCCGGGCCCAGGCGGCGCCUUCUCGGGCGCCCGCGUCCGCCCAAGUGGCGAGCGCCGCCGGGACGCCGCGCCCUCCGCCGCGCGGCCCCGCCUCCUCCCCGUGAUUCCGCGCGGCCAGCUCGGCGCCUGCGGGCCGCGCCCCCAGCCCCGGGCCAGCCGACUAGAAGAGAUGGAGCCUUUCUUCUUUGAUGACUUUGGCUCAAUGAUACAGAACAAGGCCAUAGAGAGAAUCAUCUCGUCGAUGACUGUGAAACUUUGCCAUCUGCUCAUCUCCAUGGAGAGGGACGAUGUGAAGAAAGAAGUGUUCGCUUCCUUGGAGAGGACGGCAGAGGGCCUGGCUGAAGCCAGCGAAGAGUUUGUGCAAGUUGCCAAAAGGGUGGCAGGAGAUUCCCAGACGUGGCUCCAGGAGGAAAUGGAGCCCGUGGCCGAGUCUCUGAUCCUGUCUGGAAGGAACAUCACACUGGUGGCUCAGAAACUCCAUCUGCAGCCAGAAUGUCGGUACCACCAAGAGCAGCUCGUGACCACAGCUCAGCAGAUGCUGGUGGACACCACAAAGGUCCUGCUCCUCGCAGAUGCAGCAAUCGCCAGGCAGAUGGUGGGGACGGCCGGCAGGUGCCUGGCCUGCCUGGACGCGCUGGAGGCGGCGGAGGACGCGCCCUCGCUGCGUGACCACUUGGGGGAGCUGGUGGCGGCGCUGCAGCACCUGGGCGGGCUGGUGGCGCGCGGACGGGAGGAGAGCUUGGGUCCCACGGGUCGCCUGUUGCGGGAAAGCAUCCCCGCGCUGCUCGCGACUGCCCGCGGCCACCUCCAGCAUCCGCGCGACUCACAGCUGGCCGCGACCCGAAGCCGCGUCUUCGCUACCACCAGGAAGACCCUGGAAGAGCUGCUGGAGCGGCUGGAGUCCGGCGUCGCGAUCCCUGAGGCUGGGACCCGUGUCGGCGCGCUCUCCUGGCGCCUGCAACAGCUGCGUGAGCUGCUGGCGACGUCCGAGCACCUGCGCGACGGCCAGCUGGACGCGCCGCUGGCCGCCGUGGUCGCGCACUGCAUGCACCUGGCCGCCUGCUCCGCGCCGCCAGAGAGGCUGCACCUGGUGGCCCGCUGCGGCCGGCUGCUGGAGGUGCGGGGCGCCAUCCGGCGCCUGGACGGGAGCGACGGACCCCCGCGGACCGGCCAGGAGAGGCUGGAGACCGCCGAGGAGCGCGCGGCGCUGCUGGCCGCCACCGACGCCCUCUCCCAGGGAGUGCGCGCUGCGCUCCUGCGCCAGAUCCUGGACACGUUCACAGACACCCAGAGCCCUCUUGAAAGGCUGGUCCGCGUCGCCUUGUCGACUUCUGCAGUCGGAUCGCUGGGCGCGGGCGGGGACUUGCGGAAAGGCCUCCAGCGUUUCCGUGCAGCUUUCCACGAGCGGGCAGAGCAGAUGCUCCGGGUGGCCCACUUGGUCUUGGUUUGCUGCUCCCGGCGACAAACUGGUAGAGACCUGGAGGCCGCCGUGGCAGACCUUGGCGGGCUGGUGGCCAGAGUGCACCAGCUGUUCUCAGGAGGCCCCGCAGCGUCUGGUGCGGACUGGAGCCCCGCGGCCCUAAGGGCCCUGCUUCAGGCCUGGGCUCGGGCGAACGAACGCCUCGUGGCCUGUUUUGAUGAUGUUCUCAACAUCCCUGAAUUCCUGAGCGUGUCCACUCAGGAAAUGAUCAAGCACUUGGACUUCCUUGCAUGGGCUUUGAGGAGUGGAGAUCCCGGAGGGUUUUCCAGGCCUGUGAUGUAUUUGCAGGGCCGAGCCGCACACAUAGUGCAGGUAGUGAAUAGGUAUGUGGGCCGCGAUUCCGAUCCCAUUUUCAGGAAUGGCCUGAGAGUUUUGAUCUGGCAGCUGCAGCAGUCUUCCUUGGUCCUGGGUGCAGCUACCCAGCACAGGUCAGGUGGGUGCAGCUCUCAGGAUAGAGAGGUGCUUUUAGCCAUGGCAACACAUCUCAUCUAUUCCGUUCAGCAAGUCCAAGAGGGAUUGGACGGGACCAACCAUCCACAUAUCCUCAGCCCUCUUCGAGACCAAGUCCAAAGAUUUGACAUAGCUAAGGGACAGCCUCAUACCCUUCUCCCAAGCCUCCAGGACAACUCACUUCCUGGGUGGAAACACCAAAAGGUCCCUGUGUUAGGGGAACGUGACCUGGCCAUGCCCUGUCCACCAACAGACUGUACUUCUCACCUCUGGAGUCCUAACACCUGUACACAGAGGAGGUCUGCUGCUCCCCUCACCACCAGCAAACUCACUCUUGCUGAAGAGAGCCAGGACCUCCAGGCAGUGGCCUCAACUUGCACCCAAGUGCUGGAGCAGGGUACAGACACAGAUGCAGCUCAAGAGGGUGGGGAGGGACCACCGGGAUCAGAGAGGAUGACGAGACUCCAAGAGAUCCCGACACUGGCACCUUCUGUUAUUGACCUGGCCAGGGAGACAGCCCAUAGCACAACUUCUAGAAGUCAUAGCUUUCUAGAAGCCACUCGCCGACUGUCUGGGGGGACCAGGGAAACCAGGCAGGUUUUGGUAGCCACUGCUGGUGACUGGUAUCCUCUGUGUCAACAACUCUUUUGCCAUAACCCCCAAACUGAUCUACCAGGGAGCAUUUCAGUAUUCACAGAGCUUCAGCAGAAUUUAACUUCAAUGGUUCAACUAGCAGCUAAAAGUUGCUGCAAGGAUCUGGAUAAGAAGGAUCCUGACUCCUUGGGACAUCCAGAAGUGCUAUUGCAAAUCGGGGACAGGUUGGAGGAGGCAGAGAUCUAUGCCAAACGGCUGUUGGACAUGGUUCUGGCCUCUGAUGGUCUCCAAGCUCCUGCAUCUUGGGAAGAGAACAUUGAGAAUGGAUGCCUUCUGUGGUCAGUGGCUGUCCAAGACCUGAUCCAGAACAUGGAGAGGCUCAGCGGGAGACAAAGCCUGUUUCUACUGCCCCUGCAACAGGCUGUAAAGGAUCAUCAGGGAUUGAAGGAAGGGUUGGAUCAGGUAGCAGAUGUUUCUCAAAGGCUGCAGGAGGCUGCCAGUCUGUCCGGCCUUCUGUGUGGGGAUGAGCAGGUAAAGGGUGAGAUCUCCUUUCUGUGCAGGGAGGUUCAUGUACUCAGAGACGCUCUGCUGGAUGUGGCACAGAUCCUAGGCUCCUCCCCCAAACCAUCUCCCAGCCUGUCCACACGCUUUCAGCUUCUCUGCCUGGAGCUCACCCUCCGAGCCAAGACCCUGACUGGCCACCUCAGUGGCAUCAAUGCAGAGUAUGAAUGUGCCUUUCAAGAUGCUAUUUGUCCACAGUUCUCUGUCUGCAAGAACUCCCAGACCAGGACAGAAAGGUCCCUAGAAAGAAUGGUAUCUGGUAUCCAAGCUGUACAGGGAAUUGUAGUGAGACGUCAAGAGUCUGGGCCUUGCCCAGAAGACCUUCUUAUAGCUCUGGAGAGCAUUCUCAUCCUCACCAAGGAGGUGAACCAGAGGGUUUCUGUGCUCCAAGAAGGUCCAGAGGAGUGGGACAUGCAUGUGUUGGAGUGGCUUCGGUGGGAGUGGGCAGCCAGGGCCCACCAUGCGGUGGCCCAGCUCCAGGCCUGGAAAGGUGGUCAUACCAAGGCCUGGAAUCUCCUGGACCAGUGCUUAAAACUCAGGGAGGAGCCAGCAAGGGCCCCAGAACAGGACUCCAUCCAGCCCCAGCUCCACUGUGAGGAGGGUGCUGCAGGAGGCAAGGUGGAUGCUCAGGGUUCUGCCCCCAGGGCCACCCUUGGGAGUUCAAUGGGAACCUGCACUGCUGAGCCAGCUGUCGCUGGGACCCCCCCAGCAAGCACGGGCAUGCAGCAGGACGACUCCCCUGACUCCCCCAGCUGUGCAGCCAGAUCUCACACUGAGCUGGACCAGCCUCCCCAGGAGGACCAGGACGGCAGCACAGGCCACGAGAGCAGAAUCGCCCAGAUCACUCGGGAGAUGACGGAGCAGGUGUCCCUGAUGGCUCAGAGCCUGAGGAGGAGCGGGCACGUCCUGACCAAAGAUCAGCUCAUCACCUCUGCUAAGAAAAUUGCAACUUCUGGACAAAACUUCACCAGACUUAUUCUUAUCAUUGCUAAGAACUGCAUAGAUCAGAGAUGUUCCCAGGAGCUUCGCUGUGCAGCAGAGCAAAUUCAAACCAUGAGCAGUCAGCUCCGCAUCAUCUCCAGUGUAAAGGCCUCCUUGGCAAGAAGCAGGUCCUCUGAGGAGCUGCUGGUGGACAAUGCCCAGUGGCUCCUCCAGGCUGUCUUCAAGACCGUGAAGGCUGCAGAAGCUGCAAGUCUCAGGGGCUUGAGACAGCCUUUCCUGGAUCUGGAAGAACGGGAAGUUGCUGCCUUCUGUAUACAGCAGAGGAAGGAAAUACUAAGUCACAGACCUCAAGAAACCGCAAACAUAGACUGUGAAGAGCUGAGCCUGCAAAAGGCAGGCACCAAAGUCCCCCCACUUGCAGCCUUGGUUCAAGAAGCCUUAUAA